UUCCGUAGAUACAGCUGUCAAUCAGGAGUCACGUAGAACCCUACAGAUUUGAUCGGACGCAUUGUCGUACUAAACUGAAGGUGAUCCAAAUUGAUUAAAAUGAAUUUGAUGAGCCUACUAGCUGCAUUUUUGUUCAGCUUGGAAGCCUAUCACUUCAUAGGCCAUGUAUUAAUCCUAUUUCGCAUGCGAUUGUUACCACGCAAAGAUCUUGUGCGACAGCGCUACUAUUUCCUUGUUGAUGCGAUGACAGUGUUUACGACAAACUUCUUGUUUACUGGAAAGCUUCAGUGGUUGGCAGUGAUUCAAAACAUUCAGCAUGGGUACUACUUCCUAACCUGGGAUUCCUCUUCCCUUUGCAAGAAGGUGAUAAGCUGGAGCUCUCUUGAUUGGCAACGAAGUCAUCACAAAAAGCGCUGGGAAUUGUUGGAAGUGUUUGGGACCACCUUUGACGUGCUUGUCCACACCAUCAACUGCUACUUACUGGGCCAGUACCUCACCACAGUGGAAGUGAUCAUAUCCCUGUUUAUAACACAUUGUCUGGUCUACGUGAUUCUGCACAACCCGCUGUACGCCUGGAGUAACCCUGUCUCAACACCAGACUGGGUGGAGAAGAGAAUUUUCCCAAUCGGAGAAAAUUAUGAAGGUUGUGUCUUGAGUGGAGGUGAUGCUAAGAAGGAGAAGUAAUGAAGGUGAUUUUAGGUGAUGAGUUUUACCAGGCCAUCAGCUGUAUUUCGCUUCAAAUUCCUCAAUCCCGGUAAUGUUUAUUAUGAAAUUGAGUGCCAAAGUUCUUUUAUAGACAAAAAAUAAACUUUGGAGUGUAUUUUUGUUCAAAUUUUAUUUAGGUUUUUUUCUGAAUGUUGCUGACAAACAACCACAAAAAGUGACACUUAAUCUUCAUUAACUGAAGGCAAAAGCUUUAUAGAUAUUGGUUGUGUUUCUUUGUUUCAAAGAAAAAAGAAUAUUUUUAAUUUGAAUGAAACAAAUUUUGUACUCUCUCUGAUUCCUCAAUGACAGGAUAUGAGUCUUUAUUUGAAGAAAAAUGUAGACCCUAAGUUAAAAGCAAUAUUUGAAAGGUGCAGUUGUUUUCUAUUUAUAACAAGAACAUGUAAACUGAUGGUCUUUGUUUCCUUCUUAGAUAUAUUAUUUUACCUUUUAAAAUAUUUUAUAGAUGUCUUUAACUGUAUUGAUGCAUAAUAGUUACGCAGUUCUUUCAUAAAACCUUUUUUUUUCUCUUAACGAUUACCUGAUUGGCAUUAUAAUGAUUAAAUAUAUUCCAUGAAUUAGGUAACAAGUUAUUAAUUUCAUUCAACAUGAUGCCAUUAUGUAUACUUAAUUUAGGAAGUGGUCAGGUCUGAGAAACAGUAACUGUAGUAUAAAGCCAGACUGUAUUUAGUUAAAAAGGAAGAGAUGCAUCAUAUAUUCAGGCAGAAAUAUAUCAUCUAUUCAGAAAUGUAGUGUUUUGGCUUUAAUAACUGUACAUGUGUAAUUUUUUUUUUUUCUUUUAGAUUCAGUAUUACUGGGUGGUACCUUGUUGUAUCAGUAUGUAAUAUGUUAUGACAGCACUGUACCUCAUGCACAGCACAAGGGUGGGAGGGUGGGGGCUGUUUUCAGUUCCUAUAUCAUUUAGAAUGCCAUAUCAAUGCAGAUGUGUAUGUUGUAUGAUUUUUUUUAUGUACAAGAGUCACACAAAAGUCACGUUUUCAGAUACAGCACUUAAAAAUGUGAAGUUUACUAUAUGUACUAUAAUAAUAUAUUUAGUCUGUAUUACUGUUACCCUAUGACUGCCUUUUGGAUCGUGAUGUCUUGCUUAUAGUGUUUCUGAUAAUACAUUACUGCAGUGUUUCUUGGAUAUAUAUAUAUAGUCACAUAGUUGUGAAUUGUGACAUAGUGUAUCUGCAUGCUAUCUGUAUAAUUAGUCUUUAUAUAUAUAUAUAU